AUGCGACAUCAAGAAUCAGAGUUUCUUGAAUUUCGUCAACGGAUUAAGGAAUCGAUCAGGGAGGAAACGCAAAACGGAGACUCUGUUUCUCCAACCUCAGAGCAGAGAAAAGGAAAACUUCCGUAUAACGACUUCGGUUCCUUCUUCGGUCCUUCUCAGCCUGUCAUUGCUCGACGAGUGAUACUAGAAAGCAAAUCUCUGUUAGAAAACGAGCUUGCGGCUACUAAAAUGUUGAACUCAAUCCAAACUAAGCAAAGCUGUGGUCCAACGAGUGCUUCAGCGACCAAGAAUGCGAAAAGAAAAGCUGAGAUGCUUAAGGACUCAAGAGACUACUCAUUCCUUUCCUCUGACGAUGCUGAGCUUCCUGUUUCCAUCAAGGAACCACCUCCUCGUAUCUCCCCUGUUCCUAUUUCUAGACCAAGUUUUUGGGAAACCCAAAUGGAUCAUUCAAGACCGGUUUCACAACCAAGUUCCAGAUUAGGUUCUCAGAGACCAGUUCCUUCGAGAAAACCAGAUUCAAAACAAAUGGAUCAUAGGAAAAAGCCAAAGCCAUUGACGUCUGACCUUAAGAAACAGAGGGUAGAACAGAGGAAGGUUCCUAAAGAACUCGCAAGUUCUCAAACGGUUCCAAGGAAACAAUCAUUGGCUUCUCGGGUGAUUAGCAAACCAGUGGUGAAGCAACAUGAUCAUCAACUGAAGAAGAAGAGGAAGAGUGCAAAAAUGUCGGAAGAUGAUGAGUUGGCGUUGCGAAUGAUUAGAAAGAUGUGCAACACUGAUCGUUUUUCCGGGAGUGAUUUCAAAGAUUAUGAUGAUAGAAGCAUGGAAGCUAACUUUCAAGAUAUCAUGAAGGAAGAGAAACGAAGUGAGAAACUUGCCAAGAAAGAAGACGCGGAACAACUACGGUUGAUAGAAGAAGAGAAUAGGCGAGAAAGAUGCUUUGGUUCUUUCAUUUUGAUUGUUGCUACAAACAUGGAUGGAGUCAAAGUGGUUAUACUUCUCAUGAAGGAGUCUGAGGCUAUUUUAGAAUUCGAGGACCGAGUUAUCAAGCAAACCUCUCCUGAAACUAUAACACAUGUUAGAUUGUUAGACUGGUGCGAGAUGGAGUUGAAUUCAUUAUUUGGACAUGCUCUAAAGGGGAUAGAAUAUUCUUGUCUGGUUGAUUUGUGUGCUAUGACUGAAACAAAGCCAUGCGAGCUCAUCUAG